GCUUGCGGCAGGAGGCCCAAGGUCCCUCUCGGGGCAGAGCUUGCUGGCACGGCGCGCGGCAUGCCGGGAGUUGUAUUUCUCCCGCCUCCCGCAGCCAGGAAGGUGUCGCUGAGCAGCUCUCGCAGCGCGGACGGAGCGCUUUGCCUCCGACGGCUGCUGUGAGACCCGAGCCGAGCCCCGGCCUGUCCGGAGACUCCCCGCGGCAGCCCUGACCCCGCCGCUCGCGCCCUUGGCGGCCCCGGCUCAGAGCCCUACCGGAGCGCAGCUCCCCGCGUCUCAAACAGGAAGUGUGACCAUGGCAACGGGCGCAGGCGGCUGGAAGCCUUUAAAAUUCAUCAAAAGGAAGAAUGAAAACAAGAGAUAAAAUAAUAGUCAUGAAAUACUUUUUAACCAUAUUUAAUGGAAUUUCUGUGAUUUUUGGUCUCAUGGUUUUCACAUUCGCUCUGUGGCUUUUAUUUGACAGAAACAACUUAUUCACUGCUUUAUCUUUCACAGGUGAGAACCACUUGAUAUCUUAUCUUUGUUACAUGUUGCUUGGCACUGGAUCCAUCAUUAUUUUUAUUUCAUUCUUGGGAUGCAUUGGAAGUUUCAAAGAAAUCAGAGGUUUACUAGUUCUGUAUAUGGGUCUUACAGUUGUGGUCUUCAGUGUCCAAGUUGCAAUACCAGUGCUAAUAUACAACUUCAAAAAAGAGGCCCAUGCUAUAUGGAGUGACAGAAUUGAUGCAGUUAUUUCAAACUAUGGGAAUAAGAAUCUAAGUCAAGAAGAACAUGCAUGGCAUAUUCUGAAUGAUGUGCAGCACAGUUUGGAGUGCUGUGGAAGAUACAACUUCUUAGACUGGAAAAAGAAUGAGCAUAAAGAACAUGUAAAUCAGGUCCCGUGCUCAUGUACAAAAUCUAAUAUCAAGAAAUGGUUUUGUGUUGCUUCAGAAACUUCAGUGUACAGUAAAGGAUGUGAAGAGUAUAUUAAAAUGUGGUUUGAAAACAACACACUGUUCUUAAUUGCACUCAAUAUUGGGCUGUUAGUUGUACAGAUUCUCUUGUUCAUUUUAGCUGUAUGUCUGUCCAGAAACUUCAAGAAGAAGAAAAUUUGCCCACAGAGUUAAUAUUUUUUUUGGUUUUGUUAUAUGACAUGGCAUUUCUGAUGAUUGUUUAAUACGUCUGAAGGCCCUUUAAAGUCAGUAGAAUUAUACCUGUUCAAUCUGAGGAAUUUUGGACUAAGCCUUAAAAUGCCAUAAUUGCCAAGCUAUAUUGUAUUUUAUAUUUAGAUACAUAAUUAGUCUUGCUUACAGUCUUGGACAGUGGUUGGCAGCCUUUUCCAGCAGUGGAUAGGAAUGGCCCAGCUCAGAGCCAGUGCUAAGAACCAGCCACUGCUGCUACUUCUGUCCCCUGCCUGGCUGCAACAGGGCUAGUGGAGAGUUCCCCAUCACUUGGCCAUCCAGCUGCCUGGCCACAGUGCAGCACAGUACAACACAAGUGAAGCCCUUGCUGCCAAACACUACCAAAGCCCUAGCUCUGUGGCCUGAUCCAAUAGCCCAUGGGCCAUAAAUUGCCAACCCCUGGUCUUGGGUAUAACAUUUAUUUAAGAUGUAUGCAUAAUGAAGUACUGAGUGACCAUUCUGUUUCACUGAAUGUUGGCUCUUUAAAACAACCUUUGAAAGGGUACUGGCUCACCAAAUGGUUGUAAAACAGAAGGAACCACAGAUAUCCAUCACUCUAUUCAAAAUCUAAUAACUUGGUGUCUGACAAAAUCUAUCAGUUUUCUUUUUAUUAUGAUGUUUUGAAAAAUCCUCCUGUCACAGAUUACCCUGGGAAGCACUUACUUGGGACCCCGAACAUUUAGGAGGAAGAAAGGGUAUAAAAACAUGCUCAGAGGCAGAUUAAUUCACAGGCUCUUUAUCAUAAAGUACUUUGCAACUUGCACUAUGGUAUAUGCAGAUCAUGUAACUAUAAGUUACAGUUACUCGCUUUUUUCAAAAAGAUCAAAAUUGAGCAGGUUCUAAUUAUACUUAUACCAGUUUCUUAUAGUUUCCUGAAGGGAACUGAAUCCCUUCAACUCCUGGCAUCUUGCUGUAGUCGUCAUUUUGUAUCUUAUUCUGGGCCCUAUAAUCCUUGAAAUGCUAAUUGAAUUCAAUGGGGGGCUUUUCCUAAAGGCUUAAUUCAAAUUCUGCAGAUUGGUAGUUGGGGGUAAUUCUGUGGAAAUCAAUGGAGUUACUCCAGUGUAAAACUAACAGAAAAGGGGAAUGGGUCCAUACUUAGUAAAGCACAAUUUGGGGCUAGUACAAGUGAGCUGGCUUCUGGUCCAAAUUCUU